AAAAUAGCACUUCUCUCUUCUCCCUCUUCCAGUGGCCCUGGAAACUUCAGUGGUUUCCUGCUUUUCUGAUUUCCAAUUUUCCUGCCUACCUGCUGCCCCAUGAAGGCUGGAAUAGCUGCUCUCGUAGCCGGGCUCCUCGGCGGCACUGGCGUCUUGCUCUUUCUCAUCGCUUUUGGGACGGAUUAUUGGCUUCUUGCUACGGAGACCUGCGGUGUCUUUGAGGGCGGGAACAGCACGCUGCAGAGCGGAGAGGUUGAAAUACCAACAGAGGUCAGGAAGGAGAUCCUCACUUUCCAUCAUGAGGGCUUCUUCUGGAGGUGCUGGUUCUUUGGCGAGGGACACUCGGAGACCAUCUGGACCUUCUGGUACACCAGCCAAGCACACCCCAAGUUCUGCAUGCACGGCUACCUCUUUCCUAUGCCCAUUGCUCUUGGACCGUUCCCCCAUCCUUCCUACGACACAACUGCAGUGUACAGAGGCUUCUGGACGGCAUUCAUGGUGCUGGCUGUCGCCUCCGGGCUGGUGGGAGGGCUCCUACUGGUGUGCGGCGUGCCCUUCGUCAGCCCCCGCGCCUACAAAGUCGGAGGUGGAUUUCUCCUCGUCUCGGGAGGCUUAUUUCUCCUGCUCGUAUUUCUCUUUGUGAUAUGGAAGGAGUUUGCCGCUGAUUUUCAGAAGUACAUCCUUCUGGAGAGAAGUGAGAAGUGCAUGGAUGAUGUACCCGUGCACACGUACUACGGGUGGUCAUUCAUGUUCGCUGCAGCGGGAGUUCCUCUGGUUUUACUUUCCGGACUCCUCUUCUUCCUGAUCGGCAGAGACAUUAUGAAGUCUGUGGAGUGAGACAAAUUCAGAGAAGGCCUUUGAGACAAUUGGUGAUGAUCCUUGUAAUGAAACGUAUGCAAGUUUUGAGGACUAGAUCAUUUUUGUAGAUAUAUCUGUCAGCAUAAGUGCAUGAUUACAUUCACGUGGAGGCAGGAAUGGAGCACUGAGACUCCAA